UUUUCUACUCUUUGUCGAAAAUUGCUGCGAUGAAAAAGGCUUGAUGCGGCGCAAACUGGAGAAUUUUUAAUUAUUUUUAAUAAUUGCAUCAAGAAUUAUAUCGUCUUAUCCACCUAAGAUAAGGUAAGGGCGUAAGGUAACCCUACUGAAGUUAAGAAAAGUGAUUAUUUAUUAUGUUCAUAUAUAUUUCCUCCUAUAUCACAGCCAUGUUGAAGUAGUGUUGAUUUUAAUAAGUUUUCGUCAGUUUAUCGUUAUUAGAAAGUUAAAGUUCACAAGUAUAUGUGACAGACCCAAGUUUCGUUUGUGUUGUGAUUACAAAGUUAAAAGUCUUUACAAAAUGAAAAGUGUUUUAAAGUGCCACCGAUUCUGGCGUCGAGGCGUCAUCUUCAAGGGAUGGACUCUGAAGAUUCACAUGAUGCUACUGGAGAUGCACACUCUUCUUCAAGCAGUAGCAGUUCCAGUUCCAGAAGUCAUAGGAGUUCUUCAUCAGAUAGAAGUGAUGUUUCUAAGAAACGCCCCAAAUCCCCAUCACAUUAUUCUAGUUCGCGCAGAUCUAAUGGACCGAGAUCUCCCUCCCAUGCAAAUCAGUCAUAUCAAAGAUCACCAUACUUUAAUAAACAACCAAGUUCCCCAGAUAACUUAAGUGGGGCACAUUCUGAUAUUAAUUCUCCUGAGAAUUCAAUGCCUGCAUCUCCACAAGGUCCUAAAUCGCCUGAUGCUCCUAAGUCUCCUAGUGAUAUAGGAUCAAAUAUUGGUUCACCAGAGCAACCAGAACAGUAUUCUUCAGCUCCGCCAUCGGGUGGAGAAGGUCCUAAGACGCCGAGAUCCCCAAGUAGCUCUGCAAGAUCAGCCCCUGGCUCACAAGGAUCAAGGUCACGCCCUGUUUCUCCUGAUUCUGCAUCACCAAGGAAGAGCCCAGUAAGACGUUCUCCAACAUCAACUCCUUCUCCGGAUAGAAACUCUACUCAAUCAUCACCUGUUAGAUCACCAUCAAUGAAAAAAACUGAUUGGAGUCCGAAGGAAAAAUGGAGGAGGCAUACAAAAGCAGAACAAAAAAUGGUCUCAAUUCCCCGGCGUCGCAGUAGAUCAGAAUCUAGCCAGUCCAGCAGAAGUUCAUCAUAUAAUAAGAGGACUAAUGUUAAAGAUCCAGCAACUGAAGAAAUUUCUGAAGGAGAAAUGGAAUCAGAUCAAGAGGACCAAACUUCACGCAGUAAGUCUGCAGCAAGUGAAAAAGUUGAUGGAAAAGAUAAUAACAUUAGUCAUGAGGAUCUAUCAGAUGUGUCAGAUUUGGAUUCUGUUGGACCAGAUGAUGCAGAUAAAGAUACAAAGUCAAAAUCGUCACCUGCAUCACCUGACAGAAAACUUGAUAUAAGUGCUAAUGGCAAAAGAAGAAGUUCACAAUCAUCACCUAAAUCUGAUAAUGGGAAGACUGAUACACCCAAAUUGGAUAAAGUACCACAAGAAAAGACAAGUAACACUGAGGAUGGUGAAGAACAGUUGGAUUUUGAAGCAGAGGAGGGUGAAUGUGUAGAAUCAAAACCCAAAGAUCAAUCAAAUGGAGAUGUGGACCAAGCUAAUGAGAAAGUGAAAUUAGGUGGCGAAGAAACAAAGGCGGGUCGGCGGUCUCGUGGCUCGUCGCUGGAGGAGGGCGAGGUGUCGGAUGAGGCGGAGCGCCGCCCCGAGGAGAACGAGCCGCGCCCUGUCUGUCGGUUCUUCUCCCGCGGCGCCUGCACCUGGGGCGUUAGUUGCAGAUUCCUCCACCCGGGGGUGACAGAUAAAGGCAACUACAACAUGUUUGAUGUGGUCCGUGGAGUCCCCACUGGGGCUCCGUACUCAGCACCGCCCAGAGAUGUUGCACCACCGGAGUCAGCUUGGGAAAGAGGAUUACGGACUGCUAAAGAGAUGCUGAGGAUAGCGAACAAACGCAAGGAACAAGACAUGGACUUUGAAGAGAAGAAGCUGCACCUGUCGGUGGGCGGCGUGGUGCACGACCCCGACGCCGAGCUCGCGUAUGCUGCAGCUGCAGUCGGCGCCUCCCCGCCGCACCAGCACGACGUACCCGUGCACAGGGACCCAGAAAUUCGUGCGUACGGGCCGGUGUACCGCGGGCGAUACCCGCGUGCGGCGGCGGAUGAGCGCGAGCGGUAUUACGCGCGCGAGCGCAUCUACGAUACCGAGCGCAUGUACGAGCGCCCGCCGCACUACGACGAGCGCACCGCUGCCACUGACGAACUGCCCUUCCACAAGAGACGUGUGCGUUCGUCGAGAGAAGUAAUAGUGCAACGGGCGGAGGUGGAGCGACGAGAGGGUCGGGAGGGUCGCGUGCGGGAGAUGCGGGAGGGGCGGGAGAUACGCGGCGACGACUGGGCGGACCCGUGGAUGCGCGCCGAGCCCGCCGCGCGCCGCCGCCGCCCGCCCUCCUCGGAAGACUCCUACAGCACGUCUAGCUCUUCAAAUUCCAGCUCGCGUAGUUCGGGCUCGGCGGGCGGUCGCCGCAAGAGGAGGGCAUCUUCUACCUCUCGACAAAGGCUGUCGCCCUCGGUGAUAGUACGCGAGCGGCGGCUGGCGACAGCGCGCGCCACCGCCAUGAACCCGCCUGCGCCGCGCCGCCGUGCACCCUCGCCCGCAGCAGCACGACAGCUCGCCGUCAACCCGCCGCCCCCCGCCUCGCACCGGCACAAGGAGGAGACCGAUGCGUAUGGUCGAAGCAAAGCGUCGAGUCGCAACAGGAACAGAAAGAAAUAUUCAAGAUCGUCGUCAUCGGGAUCAGAAUCAUCGUCGUCGUCGAGCGAAUCUGAGAGCGAGUCCCACUCGUCGUCAACAUCGGGCAGCUCGGGCGCGCGUCGCGCUCGUCACGCCAGACUGCUCAACGCCGCCGCACGGCCCAGAAUGAAUACAAAAUCGAGCGCAGGUCUAGCUGCGGCAGUUUCAACAGCGGUCAGUAAAAAAGAAGUACCCGGUGAGAAAGAUAUGAGUAGGAAACGUUCAGCAGUGUCGCCCCCGAACGAAGGUGUCCCAGCCAAGAAGUCUGUGUCGCGGCGUGAGGAGCUGCUCAAGCAGCUGAAGGCAGUCGAGGAUGCUAUCGCCCGCAAGCGCUCGAAGAUAUAGGGACGUGUUAGAUAUAUAACCAGCGCCUACAGGACUUGGCGCAGGCUGCCCCACUGAUGCCUGCUGACAAUGCAAAGUAACACAUCACUAGUACAAAAGUCCAAUAUGUAAUGAAAUUAUCACAAUCUUUAGAAAUGUCGCAUGGUCAGUUCUACAUUUUGGUCUUUUAUACCGUUGUUAUCACUGCUUUGUCAUCACUUUCCCAUCAGUGCGACGACACUAUUGUCUGAAUCUAAAACCUCUGCCAAUAAAGUGUCACCUUUAUAAAGUCUUGAAAUAUAAUGUCACUAUGUGACCGAUCUAUAUAUGCAAUUUGUCGAAUUGUUAUAAUUUACCAAGACAAAUAACAAUUGGGUGGCAUUCACGAUUGGAAUGUAACAUGGCUAAUGUAAAGAUGCUUCUCCUAGAUCCGCUGUAUAGUUGUUAUCGCGUUACUCUCAGCGCUACGUACAUGUAUUCGAAUGCUGUUAAAUUAAGCUAUUUUUAUAUUUAUAACUUGACUUGUAAAUUCCACAUGUGAAGUUACUUAAACUUGAGAGUACCUCACUGUUAGGAAGACUAAAGUUCGUUCAAUUCAUUUGGAAGUCAGGGACAUGUUGAUAAUAAUUAAUCAACAAUUUUAUCAAUCUAUUGUACUAUACCCAUCACUAUUUAAUGUGUAAAAAAGUAUUCUGAAAAAAAUAAUUGCUUCAAAUGUUUGUUAAAUGUUGCAACGAUGUUUAUGCAUCAAAGCUGUUUGUAGUGGUAAAUAAAAAAAAAGUUAGCCAAUAAGCUGUUCAAUAGAAUUAAGAACUUAAUUUCGGACUAAUAGAUUUGUGUAUUUAAGACAGAUUUGCUAAGCUUUCCUUUAGAUUCUGACAAAUGUUUAGAAUAUUCCAUAUACGCAAUAUAACUUAUUUUUUUCAAUAUAUAUCUCGACGACUAAAUCUUUUUAGUGUCUAUUUUAUAUUAAUCUGUACUUGUUAAGGCUAGAUUGCGACAGGUCAGCUUGUCAUAAAUAUAUAAACGGCUAAACAGUGACGUAGUUGUAUCGGCACGGAUUAGUUUCGUCAUCAGAAUCCCUUCGUUAGUUUAUGGUAAUAUCUCACAAAAGUUUAAAUAAUUUAACCUAAAUGCAUAAGUUUAGUAGAAGAGUUAUUUAGAAUGUUAAAAAAUAAAUGACUA